GGAAUCAGCUCCUGGAAGUCCAGAAUUGAAAUUCGAUUAUUUUGUCAAGGCCUUGAACCCGACUAACCGUCCAUUACGGAGAAUACCAUGAUCAUUCGGCAUUUCCAACCGAUUCGAUUUUACCUUUCAAUAAUCAAAAUCGGAUGAAAAUUAUUAGACGCCCAAAUGGUUAAUAGGACUAACAAAAAAAGGAGCUUGUCGUAAAACCAGACGUCUGAUCUUCAGGUCAAGGUUACAUUUGAAACACCGAGUAAAAAUGGUCGCAAAUCACGCGUUUAGAUGUAAUGCAGUACGUCUGAGAGCUCGUUAUUGCUGGAAAACGAAACGUACAGAAGUAUUAACUGUACAAGGUCGUCGAAGAUUAUAUGCAAUUACGGUGUACUUUAAUCGGUGUCCAUAAAGGACCAAUGAAAAUUAUCGAUGACGCAACCACUACGAAUGGCAUCAACGUGAAAAAUAUCUGCCGACGAUAUUUUCCGGCCAUGAAAGGAAACGUGGAUGACGUAUGGAAGAAGAAUCAACGGUUUUAUUGCUGGAAAAAUAGGUAUAUUUGUGGUAUCAAUUAGUAAAGCGUAGUUUUAUCGAAUCAUUCUUUUUCAAACAUCAUUCUUAUUAUCAUUGUCAUUGCCAUGAUCCUUGUCAUAACAAUAAUAUUUACGCCGCACUGUGCGUCAUGUAAUAGGUAUUCAACCCGCACUACAUUGUGUGCGUAUUAUCGUAGUAUAUCGAACAAUGCUAUUAUCGAUCAACGCGUAGUGUGAUUUAAGUAGAUAUGAUUCUGAUAAUGCAGAUGUAGCUGUAGAUGGAUGGGUUCGUAUUUACAUAGGUAUACGUAUGAACACCAAUUACCGCCAAGUUAAUGAUUAUGAACCAUGAAGAUACACAUGUUAACAUUCGUUUUCGUUUUUCCAGAAACUGCAGCACAGCAUCAUAGUUCACGUAUAGACAUAUGGACGUCGGUACAUACAAUCAUGUACAUUCAUACAAUAUAUCUAUCAUUUGUAACAAUUCUACUUCAUGUUUGCUGCCUCAUGAAUUCCUCUCCGUGACGUAUUUAUCUGUUAUCAUAAUUACGGAAUAAUUCCAUUGUAUUGUCAGAAACGUGAAGUCAGUUCCUGAAUUGCGGAAAAUUACAUCUGUAUCGAAUGAUCAGUCUACAGUUACAAACUUGUUACAUUACAUUCGGACUACAAGCCAAAAGUGGCUGUAAUCGACAAUUCAAUGAGCAAUUCGACUGAAUUUUAGAUCUUGCGCUAAAAUCAAAUUCAAAUGAUUAAAAAUGGUGUUCCAGCUGUUCGAGAUUCGAUACUAUUUGGAAUCGCGUAUCGCUUGGCAUUUUUCCCAUGAACUGUCAUCACGUUGUUCGGCAUGAAAUUUCAUCGUCUGAAAGCCGUGAUUCAUAAAAGAUUGACUGAUAUUUUUCAAGUUAUAAUAACAAACGUAUUGUUUAUAUCGACAUGAAAAUUCAAUUGAAUUACCAAAUACCAUCACAGCAAGAAGUAGCGGUAAUAUUUCUUAUCAGAUUAUAUUCCAUCUAUGUUGUGACUUGUGGGUGUAGCGUUUUAACUGUUUUUGGUUCAGAUUGUAACUAGUUUUAUCUAUGCACCGUAAAAUUAUGAUCGGUCCAUAGAGCUUAUGAUCGGUCCGUGACGUGAACAGCUUUUAAAACAAUGGCAAAAAUAUACAAAUACAACAAUUAUUGUUAGCAAACCAUUUUGAUAAGUUACAAUAAUUUAAUAGCUUGUGUCAAGUGUUUCGUUGGGUUUCAUGCUCGAAUUUAAGCCGUUCUGGUAGACUGAGAAGGAAUAAGAUAAUAAUGAAAACAUAGAAAAUAAGCUGUGACACCUAAUAACCCGGGGCAAUAUUUGGCCUGCGAAAUUUCUCAAGUCAAAAAGUGGAGAAGAUCAAAACACGCGAUUAUUAUCAAGAACCUAACCUCAAGACGGAUUACCUGUUCAUAUGCAACGGAUCAACAGUUCAUAGUCGAUUUUUUGAAAAAGUGAAACAUGUCCCAUCACUGCGAUCAUCGGUGCGACGAUCCUCUCAACGAUGAAUUCGUCGGGGAUGAGUGUGAGAAAAAUCUCCUAGCCAAUAACGAGUCAAGUUGCACUAGAUGCAGAAAGUUAUCAACAUCAAGUAGCAUUUUGAGCUACGAAAGUAAACUCAAAACAUGGACGGAAGAUAUUAACAGUACGGCUGAAAUUGAGGAGUUCAGUGCAAAUGUAGUUAUACCUAGCAUCAUGUUUCCACAAACCAGAUUGUCCCUAAAUUCUGGCGAUAACACCGAGGCUCCUUUGUUGGAUCGUUAUACUAAUAUUCCGCUUCAAAACGGUCAUGUUCACAACGUUCAGGAACACUGCCAUUCGAAGCCAUUUCGGAGACAUUCUAGUCCAUGGCGUCAAUUACUCGCCGCAUCUCUCAUGUGCCUCAUAUUCAUGUUAGCAGAAAUAGUUGGGGGUCAUUUAGCAGGAAGUUUGGCAGUAAUGACGGAUGCUGCGCAUCUGUUGUCAGACUUUGUUGGAUUUUUAGUCAGUAUGUUUUCCAUUUGGAUCGGACAACGAGCUCCGACGAAAAGACUGUCAUUCGGGUUCUACAGAGCUGAAAUUUUGGGAGCGCUGCUCAGCGUUGCUAUAAUAUGGGUACUCACUGGAAUAUUCAUAUAUAUUUCCGUCUUACGCUUGUUGCAAAAUGAUUUCGAAAUAAAUGCAGAUACUAUGAUGCUAGUUGCAGGAAUAGGCAUCAUUAUCAAUAUCAUAAUGGGACUAACUCUACAUGGGAUUUGCUUGAAAGUUUCCCAUGGCCAUAGUCAUAAAGGCCUACAAUCCAAUCGUUCGCAUAGUCACAAUUAUAACCAGAAAGAUGUUCCAGGAAAUAUAAAUGUGCGAGCUGCAGUAAUACACGUGGUUGGAGAUCUUAUUCAAAGCAUAGGAGUUUUUGUGGCUGCAAUUGUAAUUAAAAAUUACCCGAGUGCAAAACUAGCUGAUCCAAUUUGUACAUGCGUAUUUUCACUGAUCGUACUAUUUACAACAGUGCCUGUAUUACGAGAUAGUAUAAAUGUACUGAUGGAAGGAUUUCCCCAUCAUUUCGAAUAUACGGACAUUUUGAAAGCAUUCUGUAAUAUAGAAGGUGUACAGACUGCUCAUAAUCUUCACAUCUGGUCGCUGACGCUCGACAAAUACGCGCUCGCUGUUCAUCUGGCAAUUAAUAACACUGCGGAUUCUGACGUGGUGUUGAAAAGUGCGCUCAAAUAUAUUAGGAGAGAAUUAGAGAUUGAAAUAGCAACUGUUCAAGUUGAGAGAUACCUUUUCCCUACCAUGGAGAACUGUGUUCAAUGUAGACCACUACCAAACUGACAAAAGGUUACAUAUUUGUAGUAACAUCUGAGCCAGAAUUUUAUGUGACAUCGGAAACAAAGUCUAGGCAUAUCGAACAACGUUGAUACAGCGAUAAAGCAUCGGUGCGGUAGAAAAUAUCUAACAAUAAAGGGAAAAAGAUGCGAUUGAAAAGCAUCAUUAGAUAUAGUGGUAGUAAUUUUGUACUUAUGAGAUUUAUCGAUGAUUUUUAAUUAUUGAUGCAUAACCAAAACUAUGUGAUCAGGUGAGAUGCUUAAACAUCACAGUUUGUCGUACUGGUGUCUGAAUAUUGGUGGAAGGAAAAGAAAAAUAUCGUAUUGUAAAAUCGAUGAAAAGUCCAUUACUGAAGAUGGACUGUGAAUUUAAGAAAUUUCUAUAACGGAUAAUCGAUAUUCUUCCGAGCAUGAGCGAAACAUUUGUUUUUUCAAAUAUGAGAUGGAAAGUAGAUUACGAGACUGGUGAUUAUUUGAAGGGUAUUACAAAAAAAAUCUUACUACCUCGGGUUACUGAAGCUGAUUGUUUAUCUUUGUGGGAAUGAAGAGAAAAAAGUCCGAACAAAUAUUCGUUUUCUAAUAAUUUGCGAGUGAUUGCGAUAUCUAACUUAUUUUUCAACUUGUCUUGUUCGGUUUUUUUUUUUAAGUGAGCCAAUAAUUUGAAAAAAAAAAAAUGCCCAAGAUAUAAAAUUUUCUAUUAGAAAGUGCCGAUAUUAAAAACAUGAAAGAAAAGAAGAAUACAGAAUGUUCGCGUACAAUAAUCAAUACUGAUAACGUUGUUAUUUCUAAAAUUACUGUAGGACGUAUGAAUAAGUAUAUUCCUGUUUAAAGUAUUUCACAAAACAAAUGAGAAUGCGAAUUGUGGAUACAUGUUUAUUCCAUCUUGUGUAUCUUUUUUGCUCGCACAAAUUGUUAAGAGUUUAUACCGUGUUACGAACAUGUAGAAUUAUAUUUUCAUUCGAAUAAAAAAUAGGCACCAACAGAACAGUCUGUAGAAGACAAAAUUGAUUGUAGAACUCAGAAAAGUCGUAUGAAAAUUUUAUUUAUGUAGCUGUAAAAAAUAAUAUCAGUACCUGUACCAAUUAAAUGUUGACAAUUAAUGCAUAUCGGAUGAUUAAAUUUUUAGCUAAGUCUUGGACAAUGUAAGAAAAUGAUUUCUUUUUCACGAGACCUUUAGAAUAUCUCAUCAAUUUUAAUACCCUGAUUAUAAUUGAACACAGUCUUAUAUUGUCUCUGUACAGAAGUGCCUUCCGUUUCUUGCAGUAAGUCUGUGUAUUUUAUCCACAUAGUACAUCAAUACGCACAAAAGUUGUGCAGUCAUUAGAAAAUUAGUGAAAAUUAAUACAGUCCUUUGAAUUAAACCGCCCAGCUAGGGAAUGGGCUGAAGAAAUAUUUAGAUUUCAAUUAUUUCAGAAGGUCUCGCCUGUGCCAUUGUAGAAUUUUUCAUGGUUAAGUAUUUAGAGUAAAUCAAUAUAUUAAAAAGUCUCAUCAUUUUGAGAGAAAAAUUUGUACAGAGACCUAGCAGCUAUUGUGUUCAAGAUACAUGAGAUUAUAACUGUUUCACGAUUGUCCUGUAUGAGCAUGUAACUAGUUUAAUGUAUGUUGCCACAGGUUUAUUGUAUGUGGCAACAUUGUUGCCACAGGUUGCUUCUAUAAAAAUCCAUCGAACUUUUCUUUAAAUAAAAUAGAUUUACCGUA